CGGAGCACCAUCGGAGCCCCUCACUGUGUUGGAUCUGCUUUUGCCAAAAAAAGUUGCCUCCACGCCUCGAACCGGGGAGUUGGAGCGUCGCGCGGCACGUGAAGUAGCCGAUUACGAGCGCUCCAGUCAGCCUCUUAAUGGCAGCCUUCACUUGACUUCUUCUGAU